UUCUCUUAUUAAUAUAUCUGAUUCAAAUUUUUGUUUAAAUUACAAAAUGGUUGUUGUUAUUCAUUUACUCUACAGGAUUUUAUCGUCGGCAAAGCGAAUGCAGAAAGUAAAGCCUUAUACAUUGCAUUGCUCGCUGCUUGUACUUGUAUUCAUUUAUGCUUUUGUUGGGGGAUUAAUCUUCAAUAAAUUGGAAGCACAGGCCACACAGGAACAGUAUAAAAAGUUAGAAGUCCUUGAACAAGUACCCUCUUCUCAACCACUAGAUGAACGACCAAGGACGGAUCGCAUUUUGCAUUGUUUUCAAAGUGAACCUGAUCAUCGAUCUCAAUGGAGUUGGAUAACUGGCACACUGUAUAGCUUUGGCAUUAUCACAACACUUGGCUACAACAGAAUAGGACCAAUAACACUGGCAGGCCGGCUUUUUUGUGUUUUUUACGGGAUUUGUGGCAUUCCUCUAACAAUGAUUAUUGAAACAUACCGAGAGAAGAGGCGACGUUCGCGCGUUACAGGCGCUUCUGGUUUAAGUGCUAGUGAAGAAGAAAUUGAGGAUUCAUCUGUAGAAUUUAUGUCUCUUGGCCUAUUGAUAUCCUUCUUGUUUUAUGUCUGCUUGGGUGCUUUCUUAUUGCCACUUCUAAACGGCGAGGCUACAAUUGACUUUGGACAACUUGUUCCUUCAAAGUGGGAAUUUUUGCCAAUCACCUUUCUUUAUGUAUGCAUUGGGCUUGCUAUAACGACAAUCGCGAUAGAGAUUGGUUCUGAGUAUCUAAAGAAGCUCCAUCACUUUGGAAAACGUAUGAAAAAUGUAGCACAGACCAGGAUUUGGUUUGGCGGCAAAACACUGAAGGUGAGAGAUUUAUUGCAUGCUGUUGGCAAAAAAUGUGGUAUUGACCCUUCAGAAAUUGACAAGCUGGAUCUUGAAAAUGUUAUUGAGAGAGCAGUGGCAAUUAGUGAGGGACGUGAACCUCCAAUGGAUACAAAUGAAGAACCGCCACCACCAAAAGAGCCGCAACCACCAGCUACUGAGGAAGUACCUCUGCUUGAAAAUAAUAGAAAUGAGGACCGGCGAUCACGUACUCCACCUUUUAAAAGGGCAGCCGAACGUGUUGUGAGCCUCCCCAUUGUUGAACAGACAAAGCCGAUUGAUAAUGUCAAUGAGAGCUUAGAAAACAGCAACAGAAAUUUGCGAUUGGAUCUCUGCGAAUUUGUUGCAAUAGAUAUGGAUUUGCCUGAUGGACCUAUAGAGGAGGCACUUACUUGGAUGGAACCAGUGCAAAUAGAUCCAGCCAUUGCUUCACCUAAAGAUUUGGGCGCUUAUGGGCCACCGCACGUAAUAGUAGAUGAAGAUGAACGGAUUCUGGAUUUAGAACCGAGAAAAUUUAAAGAAAAAAAGGAAAAGUAUGGAAGGGAUGCCAAAAGGCUUUACGAAACCUAUCAAGAAGAAUGGGAGAGAUUAGUCCUAGCAUUGAAUGCAUUGGGAUCUGGAACCGGGGGUAGAAGAGAAUCGUCACUGGAAGGUAGCACUUCAACAGCAAGAGAAAGUCCAGCUGCUGUCAGACAUGCUCAGCAAACUAGUCCGCCAUCAGCAACACGAAUAACCAAAGAGGCAACAAGUAGUCCAUCGGAAUUAAGAAAACAAACAGUACCUAAACAGGAAGUGAAAAUAACAACAUCGCCCACGAAUCCUAGGAUAAAAUCACCUACUAUGUUAAGGGCAGGCACGACACCAAAGGUUUUACGCCCACCUGUAAAGGAAAAUAUGGAGAGACGUUCAUCAUCACCAAGAAAGCUGGAUUUGACAAGAUUUUCAAAAUUUGGUGAAAUGGUUACAAAACCUGAUGUUCCAGGCCUCGAAGAGCGGAUUUUAGAACGUCGUAAAAGUCGAAUGUCUAAUGAUAUUACAUUCCCACCCGAAACGCCAAGAAAAAGUCUGACCGGAAGUGAUACAUCUCAGGUACACCAUACUGCAGCAAACGUAAAUUUUACAGAAACAACAAAGCCAUAA